UAUUUUCUUGUCUCAUGUUGAAUUGUGCGGUGCGAUUUAUCACCACAGUGUUGAAGGCGCUCGGUGUAGAGUUGUAAAAGUACGAACGAAACCCAGCCGUUAUCAAGUUCCUUACAAGUUUUCUCGUGGACAAUCAGUCCGGGUGAUGUUUCUCUAUGGGUAACGAAACCCGAGGUGAUCCUCCAAUGGGAAUUGGCUCCGAGGGCAUAUCCUCCUCUGGAUUGGCCGUUUUGUAUCUGUGCGAACCCCAUGGGGAACCUCUGAAAAAGCCAUGAGUAAAUAUCAGAGGGGAAAAAAGGAAGCAAAGUCCUUAGAAAAAUAAAAAGACGGGGGGAGACCAAUGAGAGUGUCUCUCUCCCUCCAGGAUUUUUCAGGACUCUGAACAGGCACAAGCACGUCUAACUCUUGAGAUUUCCCCACAGAAAUUCUCAAUUCGCUGAAUAAAACGAAUAGAACCCAGAGCUGUACAUCAUCCCCACCCUGAAUGCCGUGUGAUUCUCUCGAUUCUCUCCUCAGUGUUCUCCUCUCCCUCGGCUGGUUCGGGUUCCUCGCCCUGUGGCAAUGCACCUAACAGCCAAAUAAUCGACAUCAAAAGCUGUCAAAUAUGGCCGUUGUCGUGUGUCCGACAUGCAAUUGACAUGCAAAGGACAGAGGGAGUGAUAGGCUCGGUGUGAUUAAAAAAAAAAAUCAACCAAGGAACUGGCAGCGGAUAGAUCCCAAGGGAAAAGGCGAGGACGAUGUGAAACUGCAGAUCUCGCCCCGUCAAACAGUGUUAUUUUAGUCUAGCUCGUACAUAGUAUUAACGAGUGCUCAUGUUGAUUAAACUCAGUGUUAAAAAUCGUGGGUUUUGCGAUAAUAUGUGAAGGGAACUGUUGAUAAAACGUAAUUGGUGGGGUGGCGGAAGUCGAUGCGCCGGAGGAGUUAUUGUCUCGGGAUACACAUUUCAGUGGCAAACCGGUCAGGGGGUUGAAGUGAGUGAGAGAGAGGAUACCCAGUGGAUUGUCUUUCGAUAUAAAAAAAAGGAGGGUCGAACGCAGGGGGAGAACACGGGGGGGAGUCAGGAAGGAUUGAGAGAUUGAGAGCAGUGCAAGGGCUAUGGUAAUUGUCAAACGAUGGGUGCUCAACAGACCAAGGACAGGAUUUUACCAGCCGGCUCAACAGUGAGACAGACCCGAAAGCAGCCGAGAAAUCCCAAGGAAUCGCGGUUCAUCGGAUCAAAUAUUUUUACCGAGCACAGCGAAGCACUUUUGCAAAGUAGGCCUCUACCACAUAUUCCUGCCUUGCCCGAGGGUGAUCCACCGAGUGGCUCAAGUGUCCAGUCACUGUCACAGCAGUCUAAUUUUUCUCAACACUCGAGUGUCACUGGUGGCAGUCUACUCGAGGCUGCUAACAGAUGGACGAGCAAGGAGAAUCUUUUAGCACAGGAAGAAGAUGAUCCACAAUUGUUUGUUGCACUUUAUGACUUUCAGGCUGGUGGGGAGAAUCAACUUAGCUUAAAAAAAGGUGAACAAGUUCGGAUAUUAAGUUACAAUAAAAGUGGCGAAUGGUGUGAAGCCCAUUCGAGCACUGGUCAAGUGGGAUGGGUGCCAUCUAAUUACGUGACACCGGUCAAUUCAUUGGAAAAACAUUCCUGGUAUCAUGGAAGAAUAGCGAGAAAUGCUGCUGAAUAUCUUUUGAGCUCUGGAAUAAAUGGCAGCUUUCUUGUGCGCGAGUCUGAAAGCAGUCCUGGACAACGAAGUAUUUCAUUAAGAUACGAGGGAAGAGUUUAUCAUUACAGAAUAAAUGAGGAUAGCGAUGGAAAGAUGUUUGUCACAACUGAGAGUAAAUUUAAUACACUCGCUGAACUCGUACAUCAUCAUUCAAUGCUGGCGGAUGGAUUAAUAACGCAACUCCUUUAUCCAGCCCCCAAACAUAAUAAGCCAACAGUAUUUCCCCUGAGUCCCGAGCCUGAUGAGUGGGAGAUCAAUCGCACUGACAUUGUCAUGAGACAUAAAUUGGGGGGUGGACAGUAUGGGGACGUUUACGAGGCUGUUUGGAAGAGAUAUAACAUGACUGUUGCUGUUAAAACACUCAAGGAGGACACUAUGGCGUUGAAAGAUUUUCUCGAAGAAGCUGCCAUAAUGAAGGAAAUGAAGCACAGAAAUCUCGUACAAUUGCUCGGGGUUUGUACACGUGAACCACCUUUCUACAUCAUUACAGAAUUCAUGAGCAAGGGAAAUCUUCUCGAUUACUUGCGUAACGAGAGCAAACACCAAAUCAAUGCUGUGGUUUUAAUGCACAUGGCGACGCAGAUUGCUAGUGGAAUGAGCUACCUCGAGAGUAGGAAUUUUAUUCACAGAGAUUUGGCCGCGAGGAAUUGUCUAGUUGGGGAAAAUCACCUGGUGAAAGUCGCUGAUUUUGGUUUAGCAAGGCUUAUGAGGGAUGACACUUACACUGCACACGCUGGAGCCAAAUUUCCCAUCAAAUGGACGGCCCCCGAGGGCCUUGCCUACAAUAAAUUCUCUACGAAAUCUGAUGUGUGGGCGUUUGGCAUUCUACUCUGGGAGAUUGCUACGUAUGGUAUGUCGCCUUAUCCUGGAGUCGAUCUAACCGAUGUGUAUCAUAUGCUCGAGAAGGGAUACAGGAUGGAGUGUCCACCUGGAUGUCCACCCAAGGUUUAUGAACUCAUGCGCCAGUGCUGGCAGUGGAGUGCUGUCGAGAGACCGACAUUCAAAGAAAUUCAUCAUUCCCUCGAGAAUAUGUUUCAAGACUCCAGUAUCAGCGAGGAAGUGGAGAAGCAACUGCAGGGAGGAGGUGAUACUCCAACUCUGUCCUAUAAAAAAUCCCAGACUGGAAGUACUGGGAAUAUUCAUGGCCUUGUUCUCGUGUCCGAUCAACUGUCUACCUCAGGUUUAACGCAAGGUCAAAAUUAUGGUGCGAGUAGUGUUACCAAGCUGAGUACAUUCAUGAGUGGUCACUCGAGUAAAGGUAAUAGCAGUAUCGUUCAGAUGCGUCGAUCGACUAACAAGAAAGGCAAACAGGCACCAGCUCCCCCCAAGAGAACAAGUUUGCUGUCGUCGUGCAGUUCAUUUCGUGACUCAGCUUACCAGGAGCAAGAUCAGCAGAAUAUUGAUGUAGGCACUGUGACGUUAGACGAUGGGACCGAUCUAAAUGGUAUUGAUAACGUUUUUGAAGGUAUCACGCGAGAUCUCGUGACAAUGGCUUCAGUACCAACGACAGGCUGCGAGAUGGAUGAGGAUGGCGAUGGGUCCCAGGGUACUGCCGAGCCAAAUUUACCACCACUGCAGCGAUCUGCAUCACCAGAGCUCAACAUACAGUGCAAUCAGAAACAAAUUAAAACACGACAGUAUCCAUCUAAGGAAGUACUUCCACAGAAGCUGGUGCACGUGGGUGCCCUGGAAGUGCAAAAUGUUAAACGUGCGAUAAAUCGUUAUGGCACGUUGCCCAAGGGUGCGAGAAUCGGGGCUUACCUGGAGUCGCUGCGUCAGAGUGGAAUGCCGUCUGGUGGUGAGGCACCUUCCAUAAUUGAGCAGCAGCAUCAGCAGCAUCAACAACAAUCUCACUCCCAGCACCACGAUCCAGCCACAGAGUUAUCCCAACACCGUUCGCUCUCGCCUCGUCAAAAUAAUCUUCGAAAUCAGCCCCAAAUGACAAGAAGUAACUCAUCCAGUGGAGUUGUCAAUACCUAUCAGCCUCCAAACUCCCCACGGAGUCGCGGCAUGUCGGGAAGAAAGAACAACCCUGAGACCAUUGGUCUUCGAACUUUUCGUGCCCCCAACACGUCGACAUUCAGAACAGCUAGUCCCUCAAGAUCAAUUCAACCGACUCUAGCUGAUCUUGAAUUUCCACCGCCUCCCCUUGACCUUCCACCACCUCCCAAUGAGGAACAUUACGACUCCACAUCAAUUAACGAGGCCACACAUCCCCCGAGACCCUCGGGCUCGCCAGUGUGCACCAGAAAAUCCAAGAUUGAACGAAGAUCAAGGGAAGAUCCAGACGAGGACGACAAGAAUAACGAUGUGAGAACAGCUGAGCCCUCGGUGAAGGAGGCAUCAACACGUUUCGGUGUGAAUUUAAGACGUCGCGAGGUCUCUAGUGAUUCUGGUGGCCCCACUAAGUCAUGUGACGAGAAAAAAGUGCCAUUCAGACCAGGAAAAGAUGCAGGCUCAGCCAAAAACGAAACUAGCUGCAUUCUCUCACCUCCUCUCGAGGCCCCACCCCCACCACCUCCUCCACCACCACCAGUUAACAAUGAAUCCACUAAUGAUACAUUCAAUUCAAAGCCUGGGAUGAAGGAAAUGCUCGAGCUCAAAUUGAUCAACGAAAUUCGACAAAAUGCUGAUGCCAAACACAUCGUGUCAACGAAGAAAACUAACGUGUGUAAUAAUGUUUCUUCAGUCCCACUAGAUCCUGCAUCGCAAUUGCUGUCAGAAUUGUGUGCUAGCUUCAGCAUGGAGCACGGUAUCAAGCCAGUCGUUCAGAACGAAUACGCAAUGUCGAAUGUUAAGGGUAUGGAGCCGCCUCCAGAUCACUCGGACAAGCCCACAAUCAAGGAACUCCCUUCCCCAAUGACUGAAAACGUACUGAACUCUGGCAAUGUAGGUUUCAAAUUGAAGAAAGUGGACAAACGAAGUAAUCCACGAGAAGAGAACACCGAUAGCCAGAUAAUAGAUUUCAAGGCAAGACUGAGGAAGGUGGACAAUGCUGAGAAGUCCCAGCAGGAGGAGAAGAAUAGAAGAUCAGAGGACCCGAGCACUGACGCCUCAGAGCCCGAUGAUGGGGAUGACAAGCGUAGGAGUACAGGCAGCAUCAGCAGCUUGAAAAGACUCUGGGAGAACAAGGAGGCAUCAUCUGAUAAUCAACCACUCAGUCCCAAGUUGGGGGCGAGGGGAAUCGCAAAACAGGAUGUUCUGGAUCCUGGGGAGGAAAGCCCAGAGGAUCAUAGUGGGGCUUCCACCAGGAGUUCGGCGACCAGUAAGAGUGAUGGACGCACCUGGCAUCCUGCUAAUACUUCUGGGGACUCAGAGAAGCCAGUGGUGCCUGCAAAACCCUCCAAGGGCAUUGGAUCGUCUGCUAAAUACUUUGGUUCCUCGAUUUAUGCAACUCCCAAUUGUGACAAGUCCUCACACGACGAGGAUGCUGGUAAAGAGGGAAGAGCAGCUAAACACGACGUCUUAGAGUUAGUCAAUGCAAUUGAAACGAGCAUUACUAAUCUCAAAGGCACACCUGUUAUCGUCAUGGCCAGUUGGCUACAAUUGUCAGACAAGGUGGGACUUCUUCAUGGGCUUCUUCAGAGCAUAACGUCGGUGGAGAGUGCUACUGUACCACCUCACGCCAGAUUUCAAUUUCGAGAUUUGAUGUCACGAUUGGAGCUACAGGCGAGACAGCUGAGGGCUGCUGGUACGAGAAAUAUCACAGAGAAUACAAGACUACUUAGUGACGUACAGAAUACGACUAAAGACAUGACGAAUAUGGUACAGAGAUAAAUGCAAUUUUUAAUCAAAAUAUUUCAAUUCAGGCAAGUAGGUUUUGUUUUUAAUUUUCCAUUUGUUGGGUUUAACGUUUUUCUGAUGAUUAAAAAUCGUGGUUCCUGGAAUGGGGAGGGCUCUUCUCAACUCUUUUGUGGGGCUCUAUCUUUGAAUGAAGAUAUAGUAUAUAUAUAAAUAUAUAAAUAAACCAUAUAUCUAAGUCAUUAGGAAAAAAACAAGCGACCGAAGGAACAGUAUUUCUCUUUCGAGCGAAGCCAGAAGUUUUUAAUAAUUAAGGAGAUACAUCAUUUUUAGAAAAGCUAAUCGGUGAAUCGAUGCUAUAUAGCCUGAUACUAUACUUAUGAAGUGGUAUGAUAUGAUAUUUACGAUUUAUAUUUGCAGAAAGAAAAACUAAAAUUACCUUUUUGAGGGUUUUUUCUAUGUCUACGCAGUACGGAUGGGGGUGAAUACUAAAAUAAUGUAGUCUUGGAUUCGAGUUUUGUGAUCAAAAAGUGGAUGUGGAAAAUCAAAGUUGUGGGAAUAUUUUUUCAUUCUUUCGUCAUUUUUGUCGAGUUUGUCACUGGCAUGCGAAACCCAACGAGAAACUGCUAAACAAAAAAAAACAACAAAACCUAUUUCUUAAUCCUAUUGUCGCAUCACUCAUUUUUAGACGUGUAAUUUUAUAAAACGUCAUGAGGAUAAACGCUUAGUAUAUCGUAAUCGCGUUUAGCGCAUUUUAAUUAUAAAUAUGAAAUUAAGUGAACAAAAAAAUCAGUUGAAAAACAAGCCGGACAGUUUCAUUGCGUAUCGAGGGACAAUAUAAACGAUUUUGUAUUUGUAAAAACAAAGAGACGUAAAAUUUGGGUCGAGAAUGACUGAUUUAAGAAAUUGUGCGCCUACAUUGAAAUAUUCCGUGUGGUGAUGACAAAUUUGCCAAUUCCAGUGGGCUGAAGAUGAGGAUAAUGUAAUUAUAAUCAAAGUCCUUGAGUGUCGUGCGCUUCAUUUAUACACUGUGGGAAUGCAGUAAAACAUUGUUCUUCCAGAGCGUAAACCCGAGGAGAUGGUCGCCCACUUUUUCAGAAAAUAUUUCAUCGGGAUUACGCUUUAACAACAGAAACAAAAAA